UUGGCGCUCUCCAUGAGCGAGUCCACGGAGAGGUCCCCGAGAACUGAGCUGCGGGCGCACUCGGAGCAAAACACAAGGACACCGAAGAGGCGCUUCACUGAGGGACUAGUCACUAGAGGAAGAGGAAAGGAAGGGAGAGAGAGACUGAGAUAGAGAUCCUAUCUCACUCUCCCAGUUAAGAUCUUCAGCUGAUCGCGUCUCACAACUGCAGGACCAUGUCUAGUAAAGCGACUUUAGCCUUACUCCUCUAUGGCAUCUUAAUGCAUUACCGCGUCUGCUGCUCACCUGUGGGGCUUAGCUUUCCCAGUGUUAGACUUGACAGUGAGGUUUAUGACGAGGAUGGGAACUCGUUAUCGUCCCUGGAUUACGACAGAGACCAAAUGGAUGUGAGGAGCUCUCCGUCCGUCGCUGACGACGUCUUCACGUUGUAUUACCCACCAGAGCAAAGAAUGGAAAGGCAUGCAGACGGCAUGUUUAAUUCAGCCUACAGGAACGCGCUGGGUCAGUUAUCAGCAAGGAAAUAUCUGCAUUCUCUGAUGGCAAAACGUGUCGGCGGGGGGAAGACGCUGGCCGUCAGCUCAGAGCCUCUGUCCAAGCGACACUCAGACGGGAUCUUCACGGACAGCUACAGCCGCUACCGAAAGCAAAUGGCGGUCAAGAAAUACCUGGCAGCAGUCCUUGGGAAAAGGCUUUGUGACGCAGGAAGCAGUUUGCGGCCGUGGUGCCUUGCAUCGACUUUAAAAAUCGCCAUGAAUCACAGAUGGCUAUUUAGUGGCCCUACAAUGCUGCACAUCAUCAGCUUACAUUUCACCGUUUUGUUGUUGUUUUUGUGUCGCACAGACGAUUGACAGGAGCUCUAGUAGCGUCUCGCUUUCAACGUCAAGUGUUCCCGCUUGCACUGCUUUCUUUUGCACUUUGUUUUUAGAGAACUAGGCGUAACUUUUGUGUGAAAACAGAGGGAAGGAUCAGUUUCCCCGCUCUCCAUGAAACAUUAUAUGUAUGAUAUUGAAAGCGCCAAUAGCCUUACUCAAAUGAAAUCAUCUUUAAAGAUAUAUAUAUAUAUAUUUACUGUGUAGAAAGUGAACAUUAGAUUACUAUUUCAAAUGGCGAUCUGCAAGGGUCAAGUCAAUAAAUGUAAAAAAAAAAAAAAGUGUUGUAAAAUUUGUAUGAA